AUGUCGAGUGCUUGUGGGAGUGAAGAGGUUUUCUAUGAUAGUGUGGAUCAAUUGGUGUCCGAGGAUUUGGUGUGUGGAAAUUCAGAUUAUGACAUGUGGUUGAGUGAGCCAGAUUGCGUGAUAAGAAGAAGGAAGAAUUUUCUGUCAAGAAUGGGGUUUGUCGAGAGUUCGACUUUUGCCGAGGUUGAGGCAAAUUUUAAAUCUCCUGAAACUGUUUCCAGUCAUUGUAGCUUGUCGGCUGCCACUGACGAUGCCUUGCUGUUCGAAAGGCAGAAGUCGAAUAGCGAGGCGAAUUGCUCGGGUGCUGAUUCUGAUCAGGAUUGGUUGGACCACAUAAUAAUUGGAAAUCUCGUUCCUACUGACAAAUGUGAAGUGAAGGAAGAUGAGGAUUGUGUGGGAAAGAGAACAAUCACUAGUGGAAGAAAGACGAAAAAGUUGAGCUGGUUGAGACGCUUGGAGCAGAAAAUGAAGAAGAAUGCAAACUUAUGUAAGGAAUCAAAAUUACACGGUGAGGCAGAGAAAUUCGGUCAGGUGAGAGUGGAACAUAACCAGAAGAGGUAUAUGGAGUGCACGGCUGUGUAUGCUGGUCUAGAACUCAAAGCCCACGAUAACUCGAUUCGGGCCAUGAAGUUCAGCCCUGAUGGGCAGUAUUUGGCUAGUGGCUGUGUGGAUGGUGUGGUUUGCAUAUGGCGUGUUGACUUGGUGGAAGCUUCUUCCUGGGCGGGUUACUGCAGUUAUGGUGAAAUGGGAUUGGUUGGUAAGAAAACAAAGAAAUUUCAAGCACCAGUUGUCGUUCCUGAAAAGAUCUUCCACAUUCAAGAAUGCCCACUGCAUAAGUUUCAAGCACACAGUGGUGAUGUUUUAGACCUGGCUUGGUCCCCAUCUAACCAUCUACUGUCAUCAUCCGUGGAUAACACUGUUUGCUUGUGGCGAGCUGGCUCUGAUAGAUGCCUUGGUGUUUUUCAUCACACCAAUUAUGUAACGUGCGUUGAGUUCAAUCCUGUGGAUGAGAACUUGUUCAUAAGUGGCUCCAUAGACGGUAAAGUUCGAAUCUGGGGAGUUGCCGGGGGACGAGUCAAGGAUUGGGCAGAUGUGCAGGACAUAGUGACUGCAGUGUGCUACCAGCCAAAUGGAAAGGGAUUUGUUGUUGGUUCUGUUUCUGGCAGUUGUCGGUUCUAUGAUAUACCAGGCGAUGAGCUCGUGGUAAAAACGGAGAUAAAUGUCCAUGAAAAAAGGAAAUCUUCUGGUAACAGAAUCACAGGCAUUCAGUUUUUGAAAAAUGGGUCCCAAAGAGUGAUGAUUACAUCGGAGGGCUCCAAGAUUCACAUAGUUGAUGGACUCAAGGUUGUGUGCAAGUACAAAGGUCUCCCCAAGUCGGGCUGCCAGUUGUCAGCCUCCUUGACUUCAAGCGGGAGGCAUAUCGUGUCGGUCGGGGAAGAUUCGCGUGUGUAUCUGUGGGCCGUCAGCACAUUCAAACAGCGCAAGCGCUCGUGUGAAACGUUCCUCACCCGCAGGGGUGUGUCACUUGUGUUACCCUGGUCGGGUCCUGAACCCAGUUUACCUCUGCGUGGGCCCCACAAAGAACUGAGAACAUUGUGGGGUUAUAACUAUUCCAACUGUUUCUCCCUCUCGAGCUGCUUCUCCACCAACGGCCGGUAUCGGGCCUGCACGACUUGGCCCGAGGAAAGACUGCCGCCUCUUUGGGAUUUGUGUGCAAAAGGGAGGGAUGAAUCCGAGACAAACCUCCAGGUCUUUACUGUUGCCGGUUACAAUGUAAAAGAAUCCGAGACAAACCUCCAGCAACCGUGUUCCACCCGCCGCCGGCAACAGGCCGUCCGAUCAUCCCCAACAACCGUCACCAUCCGGCCGUUGCGCAGGCCCAGAUCGACCGCCGCGGUCCCCAUCCCGGCCGCCGUCUGCCGCCACCAGUUGAGUCGUCGUGGUUCUGCAGCCCAUCAGAUCGUCGCGACACAGAAUGCUUUGGCGACCUAG